GGCAGGAGACACAGGAAAAACAAGACACCGGAAACAAGACACAGGAAAGGAAGUGAAUCAAGAUGCGGGAAGAGACUUCAGAAUAAAACAGGAAAACCAAAACACGGAAUCAGGACACAGGGGCAGGAGAUACGGACAAAGUAAAGAGGAACCGACAAAAGACUGGGAAACAGGAAGUGCAAAACUAAUUCACAAUACAACAGGAAGUCAAAACACGGAAUCAUGACACUUUCAUUCUUGUUCUCAACUUCAUUACUGAAAGCUGCCAUAUACUUAAGUCAAGCUGCCAUAUACUUAAGUCAUUAAACAUUUUGGGGGAUCAGAAUGUGGGUCUUAUUCUUAUCAGGUACAAUGUGGUUUAAGUUGCUAAAGGAGAGCUGUCAGUAUGGGUGGUAUUUAUCAAAGAAGACAGUAACACUAUAAAAUCAGUGUUACGGUUACAUCAGAUAAAUCAGCUAAGAAUGGUUCCGUGAAACUCACACAGUGGGAUCACUUGUUGGCCCCAACACAGCUUCGAAGACCAAACAGGAACACAUCUUGCAGUGCCAUCUAGAGGGGUUAGGGAGAAGAAUACAUCCUUCCUCUGAUUACUGUUUUAGUGUUUUGCCUGUUGGUUAUUAUGAAUGACAGUUAUACAGCUUCAUACCAAUGCAUACAAAGAAUUCUGAAAAUAGAAAUGUGGGCAAAUCUGGAUUCAUUUAAAACAUUUCACAGUAUAUGCAGAAAUGAAUGCAGCAUGAGUUGUGCAAUGCCACCGUGCGCAGUUUUCUCCCAAUGAACAAUAUCUACCUCCAACCUUUAAUACUAAUCAGUGAGGCAUUCAGGUACGUUAUACUAAGGAGCAGGGGACGUGGUUCCAUCCUUAAAUUAUUUCUUUAUUGACAGUUUGAAGUUAUUAUUAAUAGGACUGUUAGACACACCAUUCACAUAUAAUGGGUCCUUCCUUUUGGCUAUGUUAUACACUUACACAUAGUUUUCUGGAUUUCUGUUAAGUAGUAUUGUGUAAUUCCACCAAGAAACUAAUAAAACUAACUAAUUUGAUUUAGGUUUGGUAUUGAGCAUUGCAAGCUCACUAAUUCAGAUGGAAUGAUUAAAUGGAACAGAGCUAUCAAUAACAGUAUCAUCUGCCACCUGUGUAUGACAAGUCAAAAUAUCUGCUCUGAAAAAGGCCUAUUCUUUAAUGUAUUUAAUAAGAAACGGGCCUUCAAGUCACUUUCAAUGGUGUAACGUAGUGAAAAUGUAAUAUACAGUAUAAAAUGUAAUGUACAGUAAUACAUUUAGUCAAGUUAGUCCCCAUUCAACAUUUUUUUAUUGUGACAAAAGGACUAGAACUAGGAAGAAAAAAAAAGAAAAAGAAAAACCCCAGCUUUUGAACUGGCAAUGCACAUUUUGGUUGUCCCCAUGGGGGUUAUCUAUUUGACUAAAGACCAAAUCUCAUUUUAUGAGACCUCAGUCUGAUGCUUCCUGUAGUUCUCCAGCUAGACAGCAGAUAGAGUCAACAGGCUUCAGUUUCCCACCUCACACCACUGCCACUUCUUCUUUAUGAUGCAGUGCCCUGAUUUGUACUGUCUCUCUGCCGACAGUGAAAAGAAAAUGUAAAAAAAGACUUCAACCAACUGCACACAUGCCCCAUAAAAAAACUUACCCACUGUGAUGACUUAAUAACUGACUGCCUUGACACUAAAUCCUAAAGUGUCCGAUGCUGCCUCGUGGCCAAGAGGCCUACACUUAUGAUUCCCAGUUAUGAAUGUGAGCUACAAAUGUGAAGACGCUGCACAGUCAUAACAUAUGUGUCCGGUCCAAUGAGCUUUCUCCUGUGGACUUCCUUUGUGCCCUCCCUGUGUGUGUGUGUGUGUGUGUGUGUGUGUGUGUGUGUGUGUGUGUGUGUGUGUGUGUGUGUGUGUGUUUGUGUGUGUGUGUGUGUGUGUGUGAGUGGAUGAGUGGACAGUUGUCAGAAGAGACUUGAGGUGGUAUAAAGCUGGGAUUAUGGGAUGGCCCAUACUUAUCAAGGUCCUGUCGGACUGUGACCAUAGUAACCACUGGAUUACCAAGAUUAGGAUUGAUGACCCGAGGUAGUCAGCACUUCUGUGCCCUAUUGUCUCCCGUUGCAGUCUUCCUUUUUCCAUGUCCAAGGACUCCAUCCCACGCAGCGGGACGUAAGUGCCCGCAGAUAGCACACAAUAAAUCAUAAACUUCAGUUGAAUCUUAAAAGUUGGGACUUGGGACACAGAUCUGUUGGACAAACCUUGGAUCCCCGUGACCCCAUCUGAUUUUGUUUGUUGUAAUGUAUAAUGGUGAUAAUGAUAACUAGAGUUGCAAAUGGUGAUUAUUUCUCAUUUUCUGUGCAUCAGAAUUUAAAUGUUUGGAUAAUAAAAUCAGUUCAGGCAUAUACUUAAUUUUCUUUCUUUCGAAUACUCAGAUGAAAAUAUGAAUAACCAUCUCAUACAAGUACUCUACAUAUGAAGAAACAGGCAGUAACCUUGGCAGCUUAGCAUAAAGACAGGGAACACUCGAGCUGAACUGGUUUUCUUCCUGGUGUAUCCACUGGUUACCUGGCAACCGGCCAACAAAGAGAUCGGCAAAUGCUGUCGCCAACUAUUUCUUUAAAAUAUGCCCAUUGCAAUUUCCUAAAGUUGAAGGAGAUGUCAUCAAAUGUUUGUCCCUUUUGUGUUUGACCACGUGUUCAAAACAGACAGAUAUUCAGUUGGUAAUAACAAUGAAUUCUCCCUCCCAGAACAAGUGGUUUGGAGAAUUAUAAUUAUGCUUCAUCAAAACUGCUGUAAUCAACAAACUGAUUAAUGGAGUCAUCAUUUUGGCUCUGUUGAUAACAAUAUAUAAACAUCAGAGUAAGAGUAGUAUUUUUGUCACAGUGCGAUAACACAUCAGUAAAUAAUAAAAUGAAUGAUGGAUGAAUUCCAUUUCUUUCAGGGUCCGAGCGAGUGUUGUACAGUACAUGCUGGCUCAACGUCGUGAUUUACUGGGACACUUGAGUAAAAGUAAAACCUGUACUUUCCCCACUACAAAAAUUCAGGAUGUCUGUUGUUUGUCAUUCUAUGCAUUCUCGUAUUUCCUUAAAUGUUGGUGAAUGAAGUAAUGACAAUAAACUUUACCCUUUAGAGCACUUUGAAGCCCUCUUGGCUCCAUUCCCCUCUUAUCACCAAUUGUUGCUGCUUGCAUAAUAUCAAGGACUCAGUGUCUAGAUUAGCCUUCAUCUUGACUGGCACGGCACAUUGUCAGCUGUGGUUGUGGCCGUCUUCCAAGGCGUCAAAUCAACCAUAUUAGUAUGUGAUUUAGUAUACAGACGGUAGAUUCAUAUUCCCAAGUCCUCUUACAAUAGAAGCUAGGAGAUUACUGCACUCUGAGGGGAAAGUUGGCUGAAUCAUGUCUUCAAGGGUGUUAUGUAACACUCUGCCGGGACGGCCACGCGGCCGCAAGGCUCACCUGAGUUCGGCUUGACCAUCUGCCCCUCUCUAUCCAAAUCCCAUCUUCUGCACUCUGCAACAGACACACCAUCAGGCGACAUCUUCCUGCCGAGCAGACUUAUUGCUCUGGUCCAAUCUGAUGAUUAAAGAUGAAUCUCCACGACCCACAGUUCUGGGUGUGAGGCAACAUUCUAUAAGCGGCAUGAGGAAGACGUGGGAGCACAAAGGCAGCACCGAGAUGUGCAAAGGGGUGACUAAUGUGGGAUUUGCAGUGCAUUGCCAUGCUCAUUUGCUGUACCCUUUCUUUGUUCUCUCUCAUUUCCUUCCUUGUCAGACAGGUGCAUAAGCAAAUGAUACUCCCCAUGUGUAGGUGAGGAGAGGUGAAGCUGUGACCGCAUCUCUGCUGACACCCCCGCAGAUUCAGCGUGAAGCAGGGAGAGAGAGAGACACAGAAGUGGAGAGAGAAAGAAUAGAAAGAGGACAGAAGGGAGCGAGAGCGGGGCAGAGGCAGGGAGAGAGAGAGAGAAGAGUGAAAGGGAGUCAGAAGAUAUAUUUGACUGUGUGGGUGUGUGAAGUAUCGAGGCAUGCAUCAUAAUCGUGGAUUCUUCUCCGGGCUGCUGGACGUGUCGCUGCAGCAGCAGGACAUUGCUGGUCCCUCAAAGUGUGUUCUUUUGUACUUAGAAACAGUGGGAGCUGAGAGCGCCGUGUGAGAUUUUCAGAGACAAAAUGGAAACUGUUUUGUUUCCGCUGCCUUGAGGAAUUCAUUAGUUUGGAUUACACUGAUACUUGAACAAGUGGAAAUGAUGCAGACUGGAGUGUGGUGAUGCCUCUUCACUCUCAAUAAUCGAGAUUCAAGUCAAGAAUUUGUCUGAGAUGGCCAUCAGCCCUAUAAUCAUCUGCCUCCUGUCACUGAUUGGCUAUGCUUCGUCCCACCCCUCUCCUCCUCCUCGAGGAUGCAGUGAGGACGUGGACCCUCCGUACCGAGUGCUGUGUGACCUGGAGUCGGUCUGGGGUGUGGUUCUGGAGGCCCUGGCGUGCAGCGGUGGCCUCACCUCGCUGGUGCUCGCUGUGCUCCUGCUUGUCAAGCUGCGCUCCAUUUCUGACCCUGCCAGGCGCUCCGGAGCGGGGCCUCUUCUCCUGCUACUUGGCACGCUUCUCGGGCUUUUCUUCAUCUCUCUGGCUUUCCUGGUGGGGAAGAACCAAGCACUGUGUGUGGUCCGCAGAGCCUUCUGGGGGCCUCUCUUUGCCCUCUGCUUCUCCAGUUUGCUAGUGCAGGGUGUGAGGCUGAGGAGGCUGGUGGCUGGUAAGACAAGUCCUUCAGGUAGCUCCCUGGCAGCGCUCGGCCUGGCCUUGGCCUUGGUCCAGGGCAUCAUCUCUGCUGAAUGGGUCCUGCUGACUGUUGUCAGGGAGGGUCACCCAGCCUGUGAAUAUCCACCUUUGGACUUUGCUCUGACAUGCAGCUACACCUUGGGGCUGCUCCUCAUAGCCAUGGGGCUUUCUCUGGGGGUGGUGCUCUGUGGAGGAGAGUUGGGGGCAGACGGAGGAGGUGGAAGUGAAGAAGACAGGGAAGGAGAGAGUGAAAAACGGAGAUGGAAGUGCAAUGCUGUCUGGCUCUUCCUGUCCAGCCUGGCAUCGUCAUUGCUAUGGGUGGCCUGGCUGGGGUUUUAUCUUUAUGGCAGCCAAGUGAUGAGGGUAAAGGGGAAGGGAGAAAGGUUCGGAGGAGGUGGGAAGAAGGAUCUGAAAGUGUUGGAUGAGCCUGCGCUGGCUGUGGCCCUAGUCAUUCAGGGGUGGAUCCUGCUGCUGUUCCAUGCUAUUCCAGAGGCGCAUCUGUGUCUCCGAAAUCCUCCACAGGCCAACACGCAAGAUUUCUUCGACGCCACUCACACAUCCCCUCCUCCACAUUUCGGAGACGAGCUCCCUGCACACUCUCACCGACCCUUCCCAGAAAACCAGGCCUUUUCUAUGGAGGAGCACAGUGCAACUCUUCGAAGUGGAACAUACCACGGCGGCCACAGCAGCGUGCGUCCUGGCAUAGCCUUCAGAGGUCACGUCUACCAACCCACUGAGAUGGCUCUGGUCAUGAAUGGUGGCACAAUGCCCACAGCCCCUGUCAACUACACAGGACGGCGGUUAUGGUAAAGCUUGACGAGUAUCCAUUUGAGUCCCCUUUGUGAUGGAGGAAUUUUCGGUUGCCUAACAAGAGGAAAGAAAUAUUAAAGACAUCACAUAUAACGCUGACUGGAUUUCAUGGGAGCUAAAUAUGUUACAUGUAUUUGUGUUUCUGUGCACAUGUAUGAAUCUUUAAACCGUUUAAAAACUAACUGUGAUAGUAUUUCUGCAGAAUUUUUUCUUGAUUGCCUCCAUGUAACCAGAAAGGACAUGUAAUCAAAAGGAAGGGAGGCGAAAGUGAUGCAUCUUCCACAGUGAAGGACGUUUUAUCAUCAAGUGACUGCAUACAAGGUGCACUAUUUUGAUCAGCACAUAUACAGUCUUGAUUGCAAUAAGUAAAUGAACUGAUAAGUGUUCGAUAAGAGUGUUUUACGGAGGGCUAAUGUUAUUAUAUAUGAGGUAAGGAUCAAAAAUCAAAGUGACCAAUGUGGUAUUGAAGGGGAGCAACUGAAUGAUGUGCUGUUAGUCUGCGGCAGAGUCAAGAUUAAAGGAUGAUUUGAAUGUAUUGUGAAGUGAACAUUUUGCCUGUGCAGUGCUAAAUCAGAUGCUGUUACCUGUUUAUUGGUGACAUUUGCUUUGUAAAAAAUCCAUUCCCUUCUAUUUAUGUUUGGCAUCAAGCUACAACUGGGGAAAAAAACCCUUAGGAUGUUUAUGUAAAUUACCUGCAUACGCCUACAAAGCUUGCAAGGCCUUAGUAUUUCAUGCUGGAAAGCUCCAAAGGGACCCCGUGGUGUUUUUCUCUCCACAUCUCCAUCCCAUUAUGAAUGCUACUGGACAGUUUGGCAUGUUUCACUGCGUGCAUUGAUAAAUGUCAUGCAUUUAAGCAGUGCAGGGUUCUGGAGAAUUGUCAAGUGAUUUAAAAGGUGAAAGAGGAAUCUACAGGAUUACUAGUUUUUAUAAGCAUAUAAAAAAGCCAUUUAAUACUGCAAUACUUGUACUCUGCAGUAUAGGGUUUACUGUUGGAGAUUGUGAUUUUGCACUUUAUCCACGCUGAUCUUGUCUGGGCAUUGUGAUGUUUGAGAUUUGAGAUGCAUGUAAAAGUACAGUUUAAAGGUAAUGUAUUUUUGUCAAGAUUCAUGUAUUUUGGGUGUUUUCUUAAAAUGUUGAUAUAUAUACACUACAUAUAUAUUGGAGUUUCAGAGCUGAUUAUUGACACUGAAAACAACAGUUGACAAAACAAUCUCAAAUUUAAAGUGCUCAUAUUUUGGCCAUUUACAGGUUUAUUAUUUUAAUUUUGAUUGCCAUUAUAUUCAAAAUGUGCAUUAUUAUUUUCAUACUGUUUAUAGCUGAAGUGCCUCUUUUCAUACUCUGUCUGAAACUCUCCAUUUGGGCUCUUGGCCUGCCUCCCAAAUAGCCAUAGUCGGCUCUGAUUGCUCUCUUGUAAUUGGUCAACCGCUCAGUGCGUCCAUAGGUUUCCUGAUGUGCUCUAAUAACUGCUGUAGCAAUGGUAACAAUUGCAUCACUUCAGUUGUACCAAUCUGAGCCAAACCAGUAGGUUGGUGGGCACGAUACACGGCAAUUGGUGACGUAGAUGCUUUACGGUCUCCCAGGCUCUGCAGGAACAGUGUAUUCUGUGAGAGAUCGGGACUCCCUUUGCUGCAGACUUUGGUCUUUGUGACUUUGCAGACACACUCAAGGAAAGGAAAACCUGAAAAGCAUAAUAUGAGGACUUUAAAUAUUUGUUCCGUGACAUGUGAUAAGACACGUGAUAAGAUUGAAAGCAUGGUAACAUCUGCUAACUCGACCUAGAGAUUAGACUGUUUUGUCAACCAGUUUCAGUGUGUUUUCCCAAGGUUUUUUUCUGAAAUCAAUAACACUAUAACAUCGUUGUGUACACUUUCUUUGAUAUUAAUGGCAGCAUCUUGUGUGUCUUGGACUCUGUUUUUAAUUAAAUUUUAAAUUCAAUCAAAUAGGGUUCAGAGAAAAAGUUCCAUCACUGUGACUUUGACUGGAAACAUUUCAUGUUUGCAGUUCCCAAGGUUUGGCUAAAAAUACCUUCAGAUUCUCACAAGAGUGGCAGUUUCUGUCUCUUCAGUCAGAAAGAAUGUUAUGUAGGACAACCUUUUAUGGGAACAAUCAAAUUUAAUAAAGAGUUGUCACCAUGUUCAUGUAGUGAACAAUUAUUUUCGCUGUAAGACUUAACUAAAUAACCAGACUUUGCUGCUCUGAUAUUGUAUACUGAAAAUAUUUUUUGUUUAUAAUCCUAUAAAACUGAGUUUUAAUCAUGUAAAUAUCCAAAUGUAAAAGUCUAUUGUAUUUCCUUUUUCAGAUGCUCUUAUGAUGAUAGCACUGUCCCUGUUUUCUGGCAGCGUAAUAUGAAUGUCUGUAUUGUGAUUUGCACAAAGUGGCUAAUACAUCAGUACACUUUUUUUCUGUAAA